AUGAAAUUGUUACUAGCAUUGUGUUUGGUGGGAAUCGUCGCUACUGCCCCUCCGCCUAGGGAGGUGCAAAUAUUAAAAUACGAAAAUGUCAACAGUGGACGCGGCAGUUACAAAUUCGGAUUCGGGCAAUCCGAUGGCACCAGAUUUGAGCAGGAAGGUGCGCUGAAGAACGAGGGCCAAGAACACGAAUCCUUGUCUGUUAGAGGUCAAUUUUCUUGGGUGGGUCCAGACGGCGUUACCUAUACCGUGACUUAUGUGGCUGAUGAAGACGGCUACCAACCAGAAAUAGAGCAAGGUCCCGGCGGAGCUUUACCUUCAUCAAUACUUUCCUCUUUAGCUGGUUAA